UGGGUGUAGCUGUAGCUGACCUCCUUCCACCUCUCGCACACGCACAAUAACAAACCACUUUUAAUUCCCCGAGGAGAGCAGAGAGCUCGAAGCAAACAAGAAUCACAGGAGCGAGCACGGCAGGCUGCAGCAUCACCACCACCCUACUCUCUCUCUCUAGCUAGGGUUGCGCUGCUUCGGUCUCGGUCUUGGCGCCGCCUGCCUCGCCCUUCUUGCUCGCCCCUGCUCCCCUGUCCCUCUCGUGUCGGGGCGACGGACGGACAUCCUCACCCGCGCGCACGUACGGGUGAUCGAUCGAUUGAUUCCUGCUCCGACGAAGACGGCGGCGGCGCCGGUGACCUCGCCGGACAUGCGCGGGGCCCGCUGAGGUCUUUGUUGCCGGCGAAAGGGGUGGAGUGAUUGACUCGGUCGGUGUCUGCCUGUCUGGUCUGAGGUCAUGAUGAAGCAGGCGCAGCAGCAGCCGCCGCCGCCACCGGCGAGCUCUGCGGCGACGACGACCACCGCGAUGGCAGCCGCUGCGGCGGCGGCGGUGGUGGGGAGCGGGUGCGAAGGGGAGAAGACGAAGGCGCCGGCGAUCAACUCGGAGCUGUGGCACGCCUGCGCGGGGCCGCUGGUGUCGCUGCCGCCGGCGGGCAGCCUCGUCGUCUACUUCCCCCAGGGCCACAGCGAGCAGGUUGCAGCCUCUAUGCAAAAGGAUGUUGAUGCACAUGUUCCAAGCUACCCAAAUCUGCCUUCAAAGUUGAUUUGCCUUCUGCAUAACGUCACUUUACAUGCGGACCCAGAAACAGAUGAAGUGUAUGCACAAAUGACUCUUCAGCCAGUUACUUCAUAUGGGAAGGAGGCCCUGCAGUUAUCAGAGCUUGCACUCAAACAAGCGAGACCACAGACAGAAUUCUUUUGCAAGACACUGACUGCAAGUGAUACAAGUACUCAUGGAGGCUUCUCUGUGCCUCGUCGAGCUGCAGAAAAGAUAUUUCCUCCACUGGACUUCUCAAUGCAACCACCUGCACAAGAACUACAGGCCAGGGAUUUGCAUGAUAAUGUGUGGACAUUCCGUCACAUAUAUCGGGGUCAGCCAAAAAGGCAUCUGCUUACCACUGGCUGGAGUCUAUUUGUAAGCGGCAAGAGGUUAUUUGCUGGAGAUUCUGUCAUUUUUGUCAGGGAUGAAAAGCAGCAACUUCUAUUAGGAAUCAGGCGUGCUAACCGACAGCCAACUAACAUAUCAUCAUCUGUCCUUUCAAGUGACAGCAUGCACAUAGGGAUUCUUGCUGCUGCAGCCCAUGCUGCUGCCAACAAUAGCCCAUUUACCAUCUUUUAUAACCCUAGGGCCAGUCCUACUGAAUUUGUUAUCCCAUUUGCUAAGUAUCAGAAGGCAGUCUAUGGUAAUCAAAUAUCUUUAGGGAUGCGCUUUCGCAUGAUGUUUGAGACUGAGGAAUUAGGAACACGAAGAUACAUGGGAACAAUAACUGGCAUAAGUGAUCUAGAUCCAGUAAGAUGGAAAAACUCGCAGUGGCGCAACUUACAGGUUGGUUGGGAUGAAUCCGCAGCCGGUGAAAGGCGAAAUAGGGUUUCUAUCUGGGAGAUUGAACCGGUCGCUGCUCCAUUUUUCAUAUGUCCUCCACCAUUUUUUGGUGCGAAGCGGCCCAGGCAAUUAGAUGACGAGUCCUCGGAAAUGGAGAAUCUCUUAAAGAGGGCUAUGCCUUGGCUUGGUGAGGAAAUAUGCAUAAAGGAUCCUCAGACUCAGAACACCAUAAUGCCUGGGCUGAGCUUGGUUCAGUGGAUGAACAUGAACAUGCAACAGAGCUCCUCAUUUGCGAAUACAGCCAUGCAGUCUGAGUACCUUCGAUCAUUGAGCAACCCCAACAUGCAAAAUCUUGGUGCCGCCGAUCUCUCUAGGCAAUUAUGCCUGCAGAACCAGCUUCUUCAACAGAACAAUAUACAGUUUAAUACUCCCAAACUUUCUCAGCAAAUGCAGCCAGUCAAUGAGUUAGCAAAGGCAGGCAUUCCGUUGAAUCAGCUUGGUGUGAGCACCAAACCUCAGGAACAGAUUCAUGAUGCUAGCAACCUUCAGAGGCAACAACCUUCCAUGAACCAUAUGCUUCCUUUGAGCCAAGCUCAAACCAAUCUUGGCCAAGCUCAGGUCCUUGUCCAAAAUCAAAUGCAACAGCAACAUGCAUCUUCAACUCAAGGUCAACAACCAGCUACCAGCCAGCCCUUGCUUCUGCCCCAGCAGCAGCAACAGCAGCAGCAGCAGCAGCAACAACAACAACAACAGCAACAACAACAAAAAUUGCUACAACAGCAGCAGCAACAGCUUUUGCUCCAGCAACAGCAGCAAUUGAGUAAGAUGCCUGCACAGUUGUCAAGUCUGGCGAAUCAGCAGUUUCAGCUAACUGAUCAACAGCUUCAGCUGCAACUGUUACAAAAACUACAGCAACAACAGCAGUCAUUGCUUUCACAACCUGCAGUCACCCUUGCACAAUUACCUCUGAUCCAAGAACAGCAGAAGUUACUUCUGGAUAUGCAACAGCAGCUGUCAAACUCCCAAACACUUUCCCAACAACAAAUGAUGCCUCAACAAAGUACCAAGGUUCCAUCACAGAACACACCAUUGCCACUGCCUGUGCAACAAGAGCCACAACAGAAGCUUCUACAGAAGCAAGCGAUGCUAGCAGACACUUCAGAAGCUGCCGUUCCGCCGACCACAUCAGUCAAUGUCAUUUCAACAACUGGAAGCCCUUUGAUGACAACUGGUGCUACUCAUUCUGUACUUACAGAAGAAAUCCCUUCUUGUUCAACAUCACCAUCCACAGCUAAUGGCAAUCACCUUCUACAACCAAUACUUGGUAGGAACAAACAUUGUAGCAUGAUCAACACAGAAAAGGUUCCUCAGUCUGCUGCUCCUAUGUCAGUUCCAAGCUCCCUUGAAGCUGUCACAGCAACCCCGAGAAUGAUGAAGGAUUCACCAAAGUUGAACCAUAAUGUUAAACAAAGUGUAGUGGCUUCAAAAUUAGCAAAUGCUGGGACUGGUUCUCAAAAUUAUGUGAACAAUCCACCUCCAACGGACUAUCUGGAAACUGCUUCUUCCGCAACUUCAGUGUGGCUUUCCCAGAAUGAUGGACUUCUACAUCAAAAUUUCCCUAUGUCCAACUUCAACCAGCCACAGAUGUUCAAAGAUGCUCCUCCUGAUGCUGAAAUUCAUGCUGCUAAUACAAGUAACAAUGCAUUGUUUGGAAUCAAUGGUGAUGGUCCGCUGGGCUUCCCUAUAGGACUAGGAACAGAUGAUUUCCUGUCGAAUGGAAUUGAUGCUGCCAAGUACGAGAACCAUAUCUCAACAGAAAUUGAUAAUAGCUACAGAAUUCCGAAGGAUGCCCAGCAAGAAAUAUCAUCCUCAAUGGUUUCACAGUCAUUUGGUGCAUCAGAUAUGGCAUUUAAUUCAAUUGAUUCCACGAUCAACGAUGGUGGCUUUUUGAACCGGAGUUCUUGGCCUCCUGCCGCUCCCUUAAAGAGGAUGAGGACAUUCACCAAGGUAUAUAAGCGAGGAGCUGUAGGCCGGUCCAUUGACAUGAGUCAGUUCUCUGGAUAUGAUGAAUUAAAGCAUGCUCUGGCACGGAUGUUCAGUAUAGAGGGGCAACUUGAGGAACGGCAGAGAAUUGGUUGGAAGCUCGUUUACAAGGAUCAUGAAGAUGACAUCCUACUUCUUGGCGACGACCCAUGGGAGGAAUUUGUCGGUUGCGUGAAAUGCAUUAGGAUCCUUUCACCUCAAGAAGUUCAGCAGAUGAGCUUGGAGGGUUGUGAUCUCGGGAACAACAUUCCCCCGAAUCAGGCCUGCAGCAGCUCAGACGGAGGGAAUGCAUGGAGGGCUCGCUGCGAUCAGAACUCCGGUAACCCUUCCAAUGGUUCAUAUGAACAAUUCGAAUGACCAAAUUCACCAGUCCAUAUUGUCAUGCUGCGCCGGUGUAAGUAGACAAUCACCGGAGUGUUGUUGUAGAUGUUAUCAGCUUACAUCCGGGAGCGCAAAUGGCUCGGCGGAUCAGUAGUGUUUUUUUUGUCUAUAUGUGUAGUUUCUCACACAUCAAAAGGGAGUAGGGAUGGUAAAUGAAACUUACCUAGAGUUUCUUAAGGUUAGGCGAAAGAUGAUUGUACUGUUGGAAAGGCAGUUCUGUAGUAAAAUGAUUCUUCUUCAGAGGCCAUUCUUAAGAUCUCCAUGAUGAAAUCAAAAGUUGAAGAUGUCAGGUCUGUGUUUUUUGA